CAGCCGCGGAUUCGGACGCGUACUCCCAAACAAACGCAGUGGAUGACAAGAAGAGGAAGGUCGAGGCAGGCGGACUAUCUCCUUAAAUGAGGCUGAGAAAACGCCUUCUCCUUCCCCCUGCGCUGUAGAUCCGGGAUAUUUCAACUAUGCAAACUUUCAAUAUGUGACGUUUUGAGUGCCAACUAUGGAUGAUGCUCUGCUCCAGCGGGUAUGCAGCCUGGCCACUGCAUUCCGCCAGUCAGCUCAUCUCCUCCUAGAUCAUAAGCAUAAACUCUCCUUGGACACCUGGACCCUGGGGGAGAUCCAGGAGGCCUUCAGCCUGAUCCUGGAGAUGGAGCAGCACACCAACUUCCACGUGCUGCCCCCCAACCACCGCCAGCACCCGGCCAUCCCGCACCUGCAGUUCAUCUACGACUUGCUUCAGAAGGUCUUUGGGCUUCGGCUCUGGGUCAGGCACGGCCUAGGUCUCCCACUGAACGAAACCAUCAGCCUGAGAUGCUUCCGCAACCUCCAAACCCUAGAGAUGGACCACAUCCCGGUUACGAGCAUGAAGGCUUUACAGACCCUGCGGCCAACCCUCAAGUCGGUCACUAUUGUCAAGGGACUGACGCAGCUCAGCGACCUUUUCAUCAGAUGUGGCGCUGACAAGGCUGGGGAAUUUGCCUGGGAGCAGUUACAGGAGGCGGUGCUGGCUCACAAUGCUCUCCAUAGCCUUGACCAGAGCUUGAAGCUACUUCCAAGCCUGAGGGUACUAGAUCUUAGUCACUGUGAGCUAGAGGAUGCCUCAGCGCUGGAGUACCUGCCCACAGUGACUAUGCUGGACAUCAGUCAUAACAGACUGCGGCUUCUUCCUCGCCUGUCCCCCACUGCCACCUACUCGCUCUCCAUACUCAUUGCAAAUAAUAACCUGAUUUCUCACAUAAGUGGCUUACACGACAUGAGCAACAUAGAGGAGCUCGACCUUCGGGACAACGUGCUCUGCAUGAACGACGUGUUGUCUCCCAUCGGUGCCUUACCACACUUACGGAUCCUCCAGAUUUCAGGAAACCCUCUUGCCUGGGACAUCAACUACAGGAUUCACACCAUCAGGCUAAUGAAUCCUGCCACUGCCAAUCACAAGGUGCUUCUUGACAAUGAGGCUUUCACAAAUCUGGAGAGAGCGACUGUGGGGAUAGAAUCAGUCCCGGCCGGCUCUCCCUACUCCCCCGAACUCCUCUCAUCGCUCUUCUCGCUCUCAUCCUUGUGUUCGCCGGUGCACCCAUUCCUCACCACACCGGGCACGCCCUCCAUGCCAUUCCUCUCGCCCAACGACGCCUCAGAUUCUAUUCAGCCGGCCUCCACGGGCUCUCAGCCAGCUAGCCUUGUCCACGAGUCAGUGUCGACGUCACUUAAAAGCUCAGGAAAUGGUCAGACUCGCAGGAGAUCCAGGAAGAAGGUGACGAGACACAUUGACAUCGCGGAUCCAGACGAGGCAGAGUGGGACAGUGAGAGUAUCCAGGUGGCAGAAAACGACGGGUUUGAUCGGCUGGGACCUGCACACGUGUCUCUGUUGGAUGGUGUGCCAGAUCCUCCCCCACCAAGCUUGGCUAUUGGUCACACUUUCCCACCCGUGAGUGGCGACACAGUUUCCCAAGCCCUCUCCACCCUCACUCUCAAGGCUGAAGUCAGACCCACUGCCUCUGAACAGUCUGACAAACUCUUAGAGGAAAUUCUCCAAUCAAAAACCCAGCCAGGGAUUCAAGGGUCUUCCAGUGAGGAUGUUCCAGAGUCUACAGAAAACAGUCUCAAGCUGCCGACCGCAUCAGCAGGCAACCAAAGAAUUACCACAGAAGGCAAAGCAGUAGGUGUUGCAGACGCACACGGAAAAGACUGUGUGGAUGUGGCCUUGAGUCAAGUCACAGGAGAGGAAGAGAAUCUUGUCGAUGAAAAGAAAGACAACCAGAGCAUAGGGUCGGGUCUGGAGUCCAGCUUCUACCGAGGCAGUGCCACCUUCUCGAGGCAUUCGUCAGAAGAUUUGACACCGCCUCAUAGUGAUAGUGAAGAUGAGAAGGAUGAAGUUCAGUUAAUCCUAGCAAAAAGGGAGAUGGAGACGUCAGAUGAAGGGAAACCAGCAAAAGCCACCGAUGAAGGAGAGACAGAGGACAGUGGGAAGGAGGAGGAUUCUUCUCUGCAAGAUGUCAUCCUGGCCAUCACAUCGUCACACUUCAAGGAGAAGCACAAUUUCACAGCCAGGACGUUGUACAAGUGGGAACUUCUUUGUAUUGAGAGUAUGGAGCUGUUAUCAACGUCACCUCACAAGAUACUUAUUACAUUUAGUACAAUAAGACCAGCGUAUAAGACAAGAACAUAUGUACUGGAUCCAGCAGAUUACCAGAGUUUGGCGGCAGUACUUACACCAAUCCUGGAGAGGAACACCUUUCAGGAGGUGCUCCACUCGGCCAUGAAGUGCGUCAAGUGCGAGACUCAGUUCUCACGGGAUCUCGCCCAGCAAUGUGAGGGUACCCUCAAAUGCCCUAACUGUGGCGGAGGAGUGGUUGUGAGAGCAGAGAAUGUUGACCAUCCCAACACUGCCUUUCGUGUGCAAGACGGACCUAGAAGCAGUACACCCAUCACUCAGGCAAUGGUACAGAAUGCCCCCUCAAUGGCUCCCUCUUCAGAGUCCGAUUCUUGUCCCGGGGAGUCCAGUGAGAGUGUGAGCGUCUGUAGUGAAGCGUCGUCCUGCGUGCGGCGGGAAUCUGACGUGGAGGUCAUAUCUAACCCAUCUGUGUCGAGCAUUGAGGUCCUCAGUGAGCAGCAGAUUAUUCAUGAUGUCAUUUUAGAAGAGGAGGGAGAGGGACAGAAACCGCCCUUGCCUGCAGUGCUCAAUACCGACGCCCGAAGCCCAGCCAAUUCUCCGAGCAUCAACCACAAGCCCGAAUUGGCAACAAAUAUGCAAGAAAGCAGCUCUUCAGGUUCCAUGACAGGGAGCGUGUGCACAACCUACGAGAAGACGGGCUCGGCCCCUACCUCCCCCCUGAAGCUGUCCUCCCAGCAAGCUCAGACAGAUACGGUAGAUUCUAAGGACAAGGGAGAGGAGAGCAGCCACGAUUCAUCGAACAUGUUAUACAAAACAGCGGAAUCCUCUCUCCAAGUGUCUAUGGCGAUAGCAGGCACUUCCCCGCACUCUGCUGGAAGCUCCCCUCGCCUUCUAAGCUCAAGCUCUACAAGCAUUGACACAGUUAAGAAUGGAACCUCAUCGCCCACCCUUCACCACAAGGGAGUCAUGACCAGUAUCCAAGGCGACCGAACCUUGAGCGAAGGGGUUGAACAGAAAAGCCUGGCAUCUUGGGUGCAAUCGUUGCUACACACAUUGACAGGCUACUAUUGGCCUUGGUGGGAAGAGGUGGAGAGCGUGGCAGGAGUCGAGAAGAGCGUCAACCCCAUCCGCUACUCGUACGAAGACUUUGCCGACGUGGACCACCGGCUGAAGCUCCACUGCGAUGUCAUACUGUUCCAUGAGCCAGGAGAACAGCUGAUGGGCCUAGUGAAGGCUGUGCUGCUUAUUCAGGGCGGAAAGAGAGAGUUCCAGGGUAUAUUGGCUGUGUCUAACAAGAAGCUGUAUAUAUUGGAAAUCGUUGCUCAAGAAGACGACAGCCCCCAGACUUGGCUGGAGUUGAAUUCGUGCCACAGCCUUAGUGAAGUCACAACAGUACACAGCCUCUAUCAACGUCAGGGCCUUGCGCUGAGUGUGGCAGACUCCAUUGUGUUGGUUUCCCUGGCUGAUUCGCACCGUGCAAAUUGCUUUUUCAAUUUCCUAAGCGAGACCUUAGAGGAAUGCGGAAUCAGCCCUAACAUCCAGGAAUGCAGCCCAGCACAAGAGGAAGUUCUUGCGGACAUUGUGAGGGAAGCCGUUACCCCGAGCGAAGACGAGGGUUCGCUCUCCAUCUUUGCCAUCGUUUCCCUUCUUCUUGAUGGCGGCUGCAGCGAGAGUCAGUUCCUAGUGAUAACGGAAACGGACUUAGUGAUGUUCCAUGCUGACUUGGAGUGGUAUUUGCCCCCCACGCCAGCCUGUAAGCUGAAGCUGAAUCAGACGCAGAAGAUAGCUAAUAUAACUGCCAUUGAGGUGCACAGUGACAGCCACAUUGCCCUCCAGUUCUUGGACGAAGUGACAGGAGCCGAGUCCUCGUGGAUGCUUCACGUCACGUCCUCGGUUGCCGCCUGCCACAUCAUCCAGGCCAUCCGCACUCCCUGGAGCCAACUCUUCAAUGUCGAUCUUCAGGUGACCUACCACAAACGUAGUCAGGAUCAAAAGCUUAUUAGAGUAACUUAGUGGUUUAUAUUUGAUAUAUGGAAUGGAGAUUUAUAUAUAUAUAUAUUGUUUUACAAAUGGUGAAGUGAAGAAGAAGGGAAAGACCAGGAUGGGUUUAAUUCAGUGUGUCUUGACCUAACUAGAUAUUUUCUACAUUUUCCUCUUAAUUGUCUUCAAAUACUAUGAUAUUGGUGUAUGCUAAAAGAGAAAAGAUGAAGCCUUAAAUGUAUGCUGACAGUUGAUUCACGUUUUAUUUUUAAUUACUAUUUUGUUUUGGAUUUUUAGCAUGGAGUUUUUCUCAUCCUCAUUUUAAAAGAAAAUCUGCAUGCUUACAGUGUUUUAUUGAGCUGUUGACUCAAUGAAUGCAUGAAAUUUAAAGUAGUAGUAUUAUAAGAAAAAAUGAUACAGUAAUUGAAAAUAAAAAUGGCAAGAAAAAAGGAAAUUCACGAGGAAACUAGAAUCUGAGAAGAAAAAGUUCUUUUUGAUACAUAUAUAUGAUGAUUGAUCAAAAAAAAAUUAGAAUGUAAUUUUUGAGGCAAAGUAGAGAUGGUUAAUUUCAUUAUGAAAACAAAUUCGCGGGGGAAAUAGUUGUUCUUUCAGUACGUGUAUUUGUUAAUAGUAUUUAAUCCAAGUCUUUGCUUUGAAUAUAUAUCAUACAUAUCCAAUUGUUUGUUACCUUAAAUUUCAGAAAGGUACGUAAUUCUACAAACUGUAAUCAUGAACCUAUUUUAUUGUGUCACGCUCCUAUCUGAUAUAUGAAAAUGGACGAGAUAGACAUCUGCUUAUUAUUUCUCCACUAUUUAUGACUUCAGCGAGGAUUUGUUUCUAUGGAAUGUGAAUAAGUAUUGCAAAGGGAGUUUGUACUUCAUUCUUUCAUGUUCUUGAAUCUGAUUGUUUGAUAUAUUUCCUAAUUCCAAAGAGCAAAGAGAAAAUAAUAAAAAGAAUCUUUACCCAAGAGUAUGUUUAUUGUUGUGUUUUAAUGCUCCUAAAUAAAAUAAAUAAGGUCUGAUGUGUGUGUUUAAGUUCGUAGACGAGAGCUUCCUAACCUAAACUUCUGAACGUGAAUUUAAGAAUUUUUGUUUUAACAUGUGACACAUUAUUAAAUCAACAUUUUUAUGAAGAGUAUACAUUUUUAUAUGUUUUUCUGUAUAUUUUUUCUGUUGAAAUAUGCAUUUGUAAACUAGUCCAGUGCCUCCAUCUGAUGACGUUUUCCUGUAAAUUUUUUUUGAUAUUAUUCAGACAUGACUUUGAGUGCCUUUACUUUAAGGAAAAAAAUUUGUAUUGUCACUAUAUAUAAAUAUAUAUAUAAGAA